CUUCCGGCGCGGCGGAGGAGGCGGGAGAGUGAGGGAAAGGCUGGAUGACGAGCCUGCAGGAUGUUUCCUCAAUGAGAGGAAGGCUGUUGCACAAUGGCAGUGUUUGAUACCCCGGAGGAGGCCUUCGGUGUCUUGCGUCCGGUCUGCGUUCAGCUCACCAAGACGCAGACGGUGGAGAAUGUGGAGCGUCUGCAGGCCCAGUUACAAGCCGUGAGUGACUCUGCCCUUCAGGAACUUCAGCAGUACAUCCUCUUCCCUUUGCGAUUUACCCUGAAGACCCCAGGCCCCAAAAGAGAGCGCUUGAUCCAGAGCGUGGUGGAGUGCGUCACCUUUGUCCUCUCUUCAACAUGCGUCAAGGAACAAGAGCUCCUCCAGGAGCUCUUCUCGGAGCUCUCUGCCUGCCUGUAUUCGCCCAGCUCUCAGAAACCCGCGGCUGUGUCCGAGGAGCUGAAACUGGCUGUGAUCCGGGGCCUCGGCACGUUGAUGCACUCAGCUUAUGGGGACAUCCUUCUGACUUUUUAUGAGCCCUCCAUUCUGCCUCGCUUAGGAUUUGCUGUAUCUUUGCUGUUGGGCCUCGCAGAACAGGAGAAAUCCAAGGAAAUUAAAAUGGCUGCCUUAACAUGUCUGCAGGUUCUGCUCUUUCAGUGUGACUGUCAGGACCAUCCCCGCUCCUUGGAUGCCCUCCAGCAGAAGCAGCUAGGGGAUUUGUUUGCUUCCUUUUUACCUGGACUCUCCACUACCCUCACCAGAGUCAUCACAGGAGACUUCAAACAGGGGCACAGCAUCGUCGUGUCUUCCCUCAAGGUCUUUUACAAGACAGUGAGUUUCAUUAUGGCCGAUGACCAGCUCGGAAAGGUCUCAGAGGUCCGGGCGAAGCCUGCCGUGGAGCGCAGAGUAGCAGAGCUGAUGGUUCACAGGGAGGCUAGCUGGGUAAAAAGUACUGGUGACAAGUUGACCAUCCUUAUUAAAAAGAUAACAGAGUGCAUUUCAGUCCACCCACACUGGAAGGUCAGGCUGGAGCUGAUAGACUUUGUCGAGGCCCUUCUGUUAAAGUGUAGUCGGUCACUGAUCGAGUCAGCUGGUCCCCUUCUGAAGGCCCUGGUGAGUCUGGUAAACGAUGAGAGUCCUGAUGUCCAAGCCCAGUGCGAUAAAGCCCUGAGGCGUUUUGCAGAUGAGAAGGUGGUGGUGGGCAGCAGAGCCUUCGCUGACGUCCUGUCAGAAAAUCUGCACUCCCUGGCCACGUCCCUUCCCCGCCUGAUGAGCUCCCAAGAUGACCAGGGCCGAUUCUCCACUCUCUCCCUGUUACUCGGGUACCUGAAACUCUUGGGCCCCAAAGUGGACUUCGUCCUCAACUCUGUGGCCCACCUCCAGCGCCUUUCCAAAGCACUUAUCCAAGUCCUGGAGUUAGACGUGGCCGACGUCAAAAUUGUUGAAGAGCGGCGCUGGAACUCCGAACAUCUGAGCGCUUCUCCAGAGACUCCAACCGCGAGGCCCUGGGCUCAGAUGCAGAGGAGAUAUUUCCGCUUCUUCACCGACGAGAGGGUUUUUCUGCUCUUGAGGCAGGUGUGUCAGCUGCUUGGUUUCUAUGGGAACCUCUACUUGCUUGUGGAUCACUUUAUGGAACUGUACCAUGAGUCCGUGGUAUACCGGAAGCAGGCCGCCAUGAUCCUGAAUGAGCUGGUCGUGGGAGCUGCUGGGCUGGGGGUGGAGAAUCUCCAUGAAAAACACACUCCAGCCGACCCAGAGGAGCUGAGGGAGAUUGUGACCUCCAUACUUGAAGUAUACACAAGCCAAGAAAACUGGUAUUUGGUCACUUGUGUGGAAGCUGAAGACACGGGAGAGGAGCUGAUGGUGGGGUGGACAGGCCUUCAGGCCCUCGCUUCUGGUGCACACACCUGCCCGCCUACCUCUUUCCCUGCAUUCUCAAAGCCGAGUCCCACGGUCUGCUCCAUGAACAGCAACAUCUGGCAGAUAUGCAUCCAGUUGGAAGGGAUCGGCCACUUUGCACACGCACUAGGGAAGGACUUCCGUUUGCUCUUGAUGUCAGCCCUCUAUCCAGUACUGGAGAAGGCUGGGGACCAAACCCUGCUCAUCAGUCAGGCGGCCAUCAGCACCAUGACGGACAUCUGCCAGGCUUGUGGCUACGACUCCCUGCAGCACCUGAUCAAUGAGAAUUCCGACUAUUUGGUGAACGGGAUCUCUUUAAACCUGCGUCAUCUCUCUCUACACCCCCACACCCCGAAGGUCCUGGAAGUCAUGCUACAGAACUCGGAUGCAAGCCUGCUUCCUUUGGUGGCAGACGUGGUUCAAGAUGUCUUGACCACCCUGGACCAAUUUUAUGAUAAGAAAGCUGCAACUUUUGUCAGUGUCCUGCACGCCCUGAUGGCAGCGUUAGUUCAGUGGUUCCCAGACACGGGUCAUCUCGGGCAACUCCAGGAGCAAAGUGUAGGGGAAGAGGGAAGUCCUUUGAGCCAGAGAUCAGCAAGUCUUGAGAAAGGCCUUGAGAACCCCACAACAGCCGAAGACAUUGAACAGUUCGUGCUGAACUACCUCAAGGAAAAGGAUGUGGCAGCUGGGAAUGUCUCAGAUCUUGAUAAUGAAGAUGAGGAGCAGUCAGACCCUCCCGAAGUGGAGGGGAAUGACACCGGUCCCCAUGUGGAGCCACAACUGCCAGUGCAGAUCCAGAUAGCCACGGACGUGAUGGAGCGCUGCAUCCACUUGAUGUCAGAUAAAAGCCUGAAAAUCCGCUUGAAGGUCCUGGAUGUGCUGGAUCUGUGCGUGGUUGUUCUGCAGUCCCACAAGAACCAGCUGCUUCCCUUGGCUCAUCGGGCCUGGCCCUCGCUUGUACACCGACUCACCAACGAUGACCCCCUGGCGGUGCUCAGAGCCUUCAAGGUUUUGCGUACCCUGGGAGGCAAGUGUGGCGAUUUUCUAAGGAGCCGAUUCUGCAAAGAUGUCUUGCCAAAGCUGGCUGGCUCUUUAGUCAGCCAGGCUCCCAUCAGUGCCAGAGCUGGACCAGUCUACUCCCACACGCUGGCCUUCAGGUUGCAGCUGGCCGUCUUACAGGGCCUGGGCCCCCUCUGUGAGAGACUGGACCUCGGUGAGGGUGACCUGAAUAAAGUGGCGGACGCCUGCUUGAUUUACCUCAGUGCCAAACAGCCUGUGAAAUUGCAAGAGGCGGCCAGGAGCGUUUUCCUCCACCUGAUGAAGGUUGACCCGGACUCUACCUGGUUCCUCCUGAACGAGCUUUACUGCCCAGAGGAGUUCACGCCUCCCCACCCCAGCCUCCACCCUGUGCAGCUGCGAGGGGCCACCAGGCAGCAGAACCCCUACUCAGCUAACGUGCUCCAGCUGCUCCCAGAGCUGCAGUGACACCCCUCCCCGGGCAGCCAAGUGGACGCCAGAGGAGGUCCCUUCCCUCCCCUGCCAAGGAGGACGAGGACGUGGUGCCGACCCCACCCUGGCGAGGGCGGUGGCAGUGGCGGUGGCAGCGGAGAAGGCUGCCCAGGUGGAUUAGACAGCCGAUCGAUUUAUAAAUUGAUCGAUCACACAACUGCUCAGAAAUUGGAUUGAAGGAAAGCAGCCGACUGUUAUUUAUAUUUCAUACCUGGUGUUUUCAAAUGACAUUGUCUGGCAGCUCUAAGGGCUUAACUCCUUAGCGCACCACCUCUGCGGCCCCAGCUGCCUCACAGGCCACCCCACACACACACCCAUACCCGAGAGCUUGGGAACACAUCGGGCAGAGGCCUGUGCAUCGUGUGUGUCCUGUGAGCGCUCAAGGACCACGUGGAAGCAACACCCAUCCACGAGUUUUCGGGUCACUGGCCGGCAGCACCAACUCACACACCUCCCUCUCCUCAAAUAAGGAGAUGGAACCUCACUGUUCUUUGGAAGGAGGUGAAAUAAAGGCACUUCUUGGAUGAAAAGUAUGAUCAAGACCUCACUUUGAAGUUUGUUAUUUCAAUUGGGUGACUUUUUAAAAAUGAGUUUAUGUUU